AUGAUGCCGACUGAGGAGGUGGAACGCUGUCAGCAGCAGAAGUGGGAGUCUCUACAGACCUACUUGCCUCGGCUCAAGGCCGAGGUGACCCACUUGGCUCAAGUCUGUUGCAUGAAUACCGCCGAGGUGCUGGCCGGGGCUGAUUUCACCGACAACGAAUCGGUUGUCGGGCACCUAGAGACGAGGUUGGAGGAUUUGCGCGAUGUCUACGCCAGGCAUAGCGUCGCCUAUGACAGCAUCUCGGCCUACGAUCGUCUUUGGGCGGCUCUAUUCGAAGUUGAGGUCAAGAUGAAGGAUCCUGCCAUUCUGGCGAAUCGAGGAGGGAUCCUGCUGAAGACGGAGAAGGAGAAGAAGCGCUUGCUGAAGGAGCUGCAGCGAGUGGAACAGGAGACUCAGGAGACGAUUCGGAAGUACCAAUCGGCUGGUGAUGCCGACCAGUUCCGGCUCUCGAGUGGUUUGACUUUUGGUGAGUACGCGGCGAAGCGAUGGGAGGACUACCGAGUGAGCAGAGAGCCGACGAGGUCGCGCGGGAAAGUGAUCGGAGCGAAUGGGGGCGGCUCCUCAAGCCGGUCAAGCAGCCUGCACCCCGAGAGCCCUCAGCAUCCGGGCGCUCCGCGCUAA